AUGGAACUCCCUAUCCCCAACAAUAUCCAGAGGCUAUGGGAGGUAUGGAAUUUCCGGGUCUGUAUUAUCCUAAGCCUCUUGCUCCAGGCACUUUUAGUUUUAGCGUCGCCCUUCAGGAAACGGACGAGGAGCAAAUUGCUUAUCGUGUUCAUAUGGCUGGCAUACUUGCUUGGCGACUGGAUUGCUGCCUUCUCCAUUGGGCUCAUCUCCAAAAACCAAGAAGACGCUUGUAAACCAAAAGGGGGAGGAUCUAGAGAGGAACCAAAAGGGGGAGGAUCUAGAGAGGAUCCCACUGCAUUCUGGGCUUCCUUUCUUUUGCUGCAUCUUGGCGGCCCCGACACGAUCACUUCGUUUUCUCUUGAGGACAAUGAGUUUUGGCUGAGGCACUUGAUUGGCCUCAUAUUGCAGGUUCUGGCAACUGCUUAUAUCUUCUAUCAGUCGCUUUCGGAUCAAAGCAAGCUUUGGAUUCCCACUACAAUGGUGUUUGCUGUGGGAACUAUCAAGUAUGCAGAGCGGACGCGUGCCCUGUAUCUUGCGAGCUUGAGCCAAUUCGGGGGUUCAGUGUUGCCGGAGCCAAAUCCUGGGCCUGACUAUGAAGAAGCCAUUGAGAUAUACUCUUCUAUGAGGUCGGUCCAGGUUCCAUCACAUGUGGAGGUGAUGCAAACCCCGGAUGCUGGGAAUCCUAUGGAUUCUCUGUCCACAAGUGAAGAAAAGUGUUUGAAGCCCUUUGGAAACCCGAUCGAGUUAGACGACAUGCAAUUACUGGAAGAAGCAUCUCGCCUCUUUGAAAUCUUCAAGGGGCUUAUUGUAGGCCUCCUUUUGAGCUCAAAAGACAGAGAAUUGAGCCGAGAUUUUUUUCUUACUAGAACUGCCACUGACGCAUUCAGACUAAUAGAGUGUGAGCUUAAUUUCAUGUAUGAGGUUCUCCACACCAAGAUUAAUGUUGUUCGUUGCCAAAUUGGCUACAUGCUCCGCUUUGUUAGCUUCAUUUCAAUCCUAGCAGCAUUAAUGGUGGUUUCAAUUGAGAAGCCGUUUGUGUUUCGGAACAAGUUCGAUGCCAGACUUACUUAUGCCUUGCUCAGUGGGGCAUUAGGCCUCGAGGCCAUAUCUGUGUUGAUGCUUAUUUUUUCUGACAGGACCCUCCUUGCCCUGAAGAGUAGCUGGAGAAAAUUCAUUCCAGCGAAAGCAAUCCUUUUGAAAAGAAGAAGGUGGUCUAGAUCUGUUUCCCAGUAUGAUAUGAUAAGCUAUUGCUUGAAUGAUCCUCCAAAUUGGAUGUACACAUUGGUUGGUUAUGUGGGUGCUGGGAAAAUUCUAGAGAAGAUGAUAAUCUUGCGUUUUUCACAUUCACAGACGGUCAGGGAAGAUCUCAAGGGGUUCAUUUUCGAUCAGCUGAGAAUGAAAUCCUUGACUGCAAACAACUUAAGAGAUGCCAUGGAUGCAUGUUCACAAAGAGGUGAUUGGGCUCUUCUGCAGACUUCUAGAGCUAUCUAUUUCAAGCUAAAAUGGAGCAUCGUGGAGUAUCAAUACGCGGAAAGCCUUCUCCUCUGGCACUUGGCUACCGAACUCUGCUUUCUGCAGGAAACCGAAAUCAAACCUAGUGCUGAUGGCAAUUUUAGAAAAUUAUGCAAACUACUUUCAGAUUAUAUGUUUUAUCUUCUUGUCAUGAAGCCUGUUGUGAUGACGCCAGUGUUGGGCAAUUGGCAGAUAGUCCUCCAGGACACUUGUGCAGAAGCCAAGAGAUUCUUUGGCAGGAGAUACAUAUCGAAUAAAUCUCAAGCUUGUGAACAAAUCCUCAAAGUGGAAACGAAAUUCCGGCCAGUUGCUGUGAAGGGAAAUCAAAGCAAAUCUGUGCUCUUUGAUGCAUGUAGGCUGGCACAAGAUCUCUUGAAGUUGGAGAUAAACAAAUGGAAGCUAAUGAGCCGAGUCUGGGUGGAAUUGAUGUCUUAUGCUGCCAUUAAUUGUAGACCAAAUGUGCAUGCACAGCAACCCAGUCGGGGUGGGGAACUCUUGACAUUCAUUUGGUUACUGAUGAAUCAUCUAGGCUUGGGAACACAGUUCUACGAGCAGGAACGCCAAGCUGGAACCAAAAUGGUCCCCCAGAAGUAG